CCUAAAUGUCAAAUGAUCGCAGGUAGAGCUAACUGCAUUUGUUUCCUCAAUGAUAAUUCCUUCACCUUCUUGUUAAUUACGAGUAAAAAUUGAGUAUAAAUCUGAUCUCCAUUUAAUUCGUUCGAUCUCUAGCCCAUCAUCACCCACAAGCCGGCCAGUGCCAUCUCUCGAAACCACAUCCAGACAUCUGGUUUUUGGGGAACCACUAAGAGAUUAAUAACAUCAAAUGAGAAAACUUUGGGUUUGCCUCCCGAUGAUAUCACAGAGAGAGGAAUGGAAGUGUGGGAGGACACACGAAUGGGAGCCAUACAGCUAAUGCAGAAGUAUUGUCCUGAAGUUCAAGUGGGACCGAAGGGUCAUAGGGUGAGGCAGUGUCAAGCCUUCAAGCAUCAAAUGAGAGACGGGCAACAUGCUUGGCAAGAGGCAACCAUAGAUGACCUUGUUCCCCCGGUCUACGUGUGGCAUGUUCUAGAUCCAUCUUCCCCUCUUCCUCUAGUUGAUGCUUUGAAGAGGUACUACGGAAAGCUGCCCGCAGUUGUGGAACUGUUUUUUCAAGCUGGGGCUCAGGUCCAUAGCAGCUAUAGUGGCGUGAUGAGAGCAAAUAUUGCUCUUCCUAGUCUAGGCGAAGAAAAGUUAGUCGUGUGAGCGGUAGCCUCACACUCCCUUGGUCAGGGUAUUGAACUUGAGCUGAGAAAGCUUGAAGGCGCAGUAAAGGCCAUACAUGAAAAUCUAUUAUUUAUAGAGAGCAGAGAUGCGGACACUGAGCGAGACAACAAAUUCUCGGCUUAUUUGGUUCAGUCUCAUGCCAUUGGGGGUACCCAUUGGGGUUUUGUUACUACCAAUAAUGAAGCAAUUUUCUCAUAUGAAAAGCUGAUUUAGAUUAUAUUUUCCCUCCAGUUUAGGCUAUUUCCUUGGAGGGUUGUAGAUUUUUUACUUCAAAUGGAAGCAGUUUAAAUCUCUUCAUCCGAAUGACUCCUUGCAGCUUGGUCAAGAAGUGGCGAUCAGAUGAUACGAUGACAUUAAGAACAUUAUAUAUGUUGUUUAACUCUAUUAAAUUAGUUGUUGUAAUAGUCACUUUGUAAAGUAAUAUUAGAAUUCUUCUUAGCCAAGAUGUCCCCCAAAAUUAUCCUUUGGUUUAUGGCAUUUCUCCAAUUUCGUAAAGUUAAACUGAGUUUUAUUCUAAACUGUAGGCACUUCAGAUGAAAGCCAUUUCUGACCUUUAAUACUUGUAUAUAUAAGCUUGAAAGUUAGUUUCCAACCAUAUUUAUUUGGUAAUUAUAUCUGAAAUGUCC